CCACUCGCCUCCUCUGCCUCUGUUCCUCAUUCUCUCUUCCUCCCUCCUCCUGUGGCCCCGUUUUCUCUCUCCUUGCUCCUUCCGUAUUUGCCCUCCCUUCCUCUUUUUUUUUGAUCUAUUUCUCACCGUCUCCGUCUCUUCCUUAUCUUCGAUGUGCUCUGUCUCUCUGUCUCUCCCACCUCUUUCCCAUCCCCUCUACUGUUCCAAGCUCUUUUUCACUCCGUUUCUUUGUCUCUGUCUAUGACAUUGUCACAUUCUCUUAUUUUUGCGCUCACUGUUCUCUGUGACUCUAUCUUUCCUGUCUCUCUCCUUCGCCCCUCCUUUCCUGUUUCUCUUUGGACCCCUCCUCAUGGUCUCCUGCUCCGUCUCCCUUUCCUCCCCCAUUGCUUGCUUGUCAGUCCUGUCUGACUCUUUGGGACCCCAUGGACUGUAGCCGCCAGGCUGCUCUGUCCGUUGAAUUAUCCAGCAAUUACCAGGUCUGGCUGGGUCGCCACAACCUGUUUGAGGACGAAGACACGGCCCAGUUCGCCGGUGUCAGUGAGGACUUCCCAAACCCGGGAUUCAACCUGAGCCUCCUGGAAAACCACACCCGCCAGCCAGGAGAGGACUACAGCCACGACCUCAUGCUGCUCCGUCUGCAGGAGCCCGUCCAACUCACACAGAACGUGCAGGUCCUGGGUCUGCCCACCAAGGAACCCCAACUGGGGACCACCUGCUACGCCUCCGGCUGGGGCAGCGUCAAGCCAGAUGAGUUCUCUUAUCCAGACGAUCUCCAGUGUGUGGACCUCACCCUCCUGCCCAAUGAGAAGUGUGCCACAGCCCACCCCCAGGAGGUGACAGAGUGGAUGCUGUGUGCUGGACACCUGGAGGGCGGCAAGGACACCUGUGUGGGUGACUCAGGGGGCCCGCUGAUUUGCGAGGGUAUGUUGCAAGGAAUCACGUCAUGGGGCCACAUCCCGUGUGGCACUCCCAAUAAGCCCUCCGUCUACACCAAAGUGAUUUUGUAUGUGGAUUGGAUCAAUAAGACCAUGACUGACAACCCCUGAAUGCCCCCGCCCUGUCCCUUACCCCUAGUAAAAUCGAAUAUGCAUCAAAUUCA